UCGAUGUGGGAUCUCAUCAUCAUCAGUUUAUCUUUGAACGUGAAUAAGAUAGUUUGUUUGUUGAGUGUCAUUUCUUGCUGGAGAUAUAGAGAUGACAAGUUGCAAUAAAACUUUGAUUUUUUGUUACACAUUUUUAAUUUUGAUAAUUUUUAAAAAUCGUGUACAAUCUUCUGAAAUUGAGGAAAAACUUUUGAGCCACCUCUUCAUCCACUAUGAUAAAACUGUUCGUCCGGCAGCUCCCGAUCAUACAAUAGUAGCAAGUAUUGCCUUCCAAUUAAAUCAAAUUGAAUUUGAUGAUGCCAAAGGCUUAUUUACUGCUGCAGCACAUUUUAUUGCAGAAUGGGAAGAUCCAAAGCUAAAAUGGAAACCCUCCGAAUACGGCAAUAUCACAAUGGUCCAUCUGAAGAAACACGAAAUAUGGCUUCCUGAUGUGUCACUCUACAACAGUGUUGGAAAUAAAGCAUUGGACAUUUCAGAUUCUGGAAUCAUGGUAUUGGACAAUACCGGUCUUGUAAUUUGGUCAAUGAAUGUUCGAAUGCAAACUCUAUGCGAUUUGGAUAUGUUCCGUUGGCCAUAUGACACUCACAAAUGUGUUAUUAAGCUGGGCUCAUGGACCUACGAUGGAUAUAAAAUUGAUUUAAUUCCCUCUAAGAAGCUUAAGCCCGUCAAUGAUUUCAUUGAAAAUCCUGAAUUUGUGGUGACUAAUUUUACUACAAACCGAGAAACGACUUUUUACGUAUGCUGCUCUGAGCCGUAUAUAACUUUGGAAUACUACAUUGAAUUUGCAAGACGUUCUUCAGCUUUUGCGUCAGUUUUUCUAAUGCCAGCAUUUUGUGUGGUCAUAAUGACCUUGGGUGCAUUUUGGUUACCACCUCAUCGUGGUGAAAAAAUUCUACUAAAUGGUCUAACUCUUCUUCUAAUUACCAUGUAUCAAAUCUAUUUCAUUGCAUAUCAUUCAACUUUUUCCUUGAGAGUUCCAUUAAUUGCUAUCUUUUACAGUCUAAGCUUUGUUAUGGUGACCUUGUCUAUGAUUAUAUCAGUGCUCGUGUUGGCAUCAUCAAGAUCUCUUUGCAAGGGACAUCUUCCACCAGGAUUAAGUAAAAUUUUAAAAAGUCGAAUUGGCCUGAUGUUUGGACCAACAGAUGAUUCGAAGAAACCAGAUCAAACAGAACUGAGUCACCAUUUUGAAGGAGGAAAAUCACAUGAAACAUAUUCAUUGAUUUGUACCAAUAAUUCGUAUGAUGAGUGGACAUCACUUGGCAUCAUUCUUGAUCGAGUUUCUUUCAUUGUCUAUAGUGGAAUAUAUUCAAUGAUUGGGUUGGUUUGCUAUUUGUAAAUUAUUGAACUUAUAGAUUUUGUUAUAGGUACAAACAACAACUACCAGUAUUGUGAAUUAUUUUUU